AUGGAAAGAAGGAAUUGGACAUUGGUGACUGAGAUUAUUCUUGUGGGGAUACCAACCACCAGAGCUCUUGGGGGUCUCCUGUUCUUUAUUUUUUCACUGGCUUACUUGGUGACAGUCCUUGGAAACAGCCUAAUCAUUAUGCUGAUUCUCAUGGAUUAUAGGCUUCACUCACCCAUGUAUUUCUUCCUCAGCAAUCUCUCUUUCAGUGAAGUAUUAACCACAACCUGUGCUGUUCCCAAGAUGCUGGCAGGCUUCCUGUCAGACAGAAAGAGCAUAUCCUUUGGUGGAUGCUUCACCCAGUCUUAUUUCUACUUCCUCUCUGGAUGCACUGAGUUUAUACUUUUUGCAGUCAUGUCCUAUGAUCGUUAUGUGGCCAUUUGCAGCCCGCUUCAGUACCCAGCAAUUAUGACCAGCUCACUGUGUGUGCGUCUUGUUAUCCUCUCCUGGGUGGGUGGUUUUCUCCUCAUUCUCCCGUCCACUGUCCUUAAGGUGGGGCUGCCAUACUGUGGCCCCAAUGUGAUUGAUCACUUUUUCUGUGACAGUGCCCCCCUCCUCCACUUGGCCUGUGCUGACAUCCACAUCAUUGAGCUGUUAGACUUCCUCAGCUCCCUUGUCCUGCUCAUCAGCUCCCUCUCACUCACUGUGGUCUCCUAUGUUUAUGUCAUCUCCACCAUUCUGAAGAUACCCUCAGGUCAAGGUCAACGUAAAGCCUUUGCUACAUGUGCCUCUCACUUCAUUGUGGUCUCCAUGGGCUAUGGGAUCUCCAUUUUUGUGUAUGUCCACCUCUCCCAGAAGAGCAGCUUACAUCUCAACAAGAUCCUCUUUAUCCUCUCUAGUGUUCUCACACCCCUCCUAUAUCCCUUCAUCUUCGGUCUACGGAAUGAAACCAUGAAAGAUGCUCUGAAGGACAGCUUGGCCAAGGGCCGGAACUUCCUCAAGGGGAUGAGGUCCAAGUGA